AUGCAGUGCUUCCCCAGCCUGGUGCUCGCGCUCAGCUCGCUGCUGGGAGCCCUGGCGUUGCUGCAGCUCUCGCUGUACCUGCGGGUGCCGUCCCGUUACGGCAAGCACGAGGAGCGGCUGUGCCGUCCGCGGGGCCGGCUGCCGGCGCGCUGCGCCUGGUUCGUGCAGGAGCUGCCCUCCUUCCUCGUGCCCGCGCUGCUGCUGGCGCUGCGCAGCCCGCCCCGUCUCGAGCCGCUGGGCUGCCGCCUGCUCUGCUGCCUCUUCUGCUGGCACUACUUCUACAGGACAUUUAUUUACCCCUUCUUCACUAGAGGCAGGCCUUUCCCGCUGCAAUUGCUUUUCUUUGGCACACUAUUCUGUAUCUAUAAUGGCUUCCUCCAGGGGUACUACCUGAUCUACUGUGCUGAAUACCCAACCGAUUGGUGCACCGACAUCCGAUUUACAUCAGGCCUCCUCUUAUUUCUUCUGGGAAUGGGAAUCAACAUUCACAGUGAUCUCCUGCUGCGCCAGUUGAGAAAACCUGGGGAAGUAACUUACAAGAUUCCUCAAGGAGGGCUGUUCACUUAUGUUUCUGGAGCCAACUACUUUGGAGAAAUUGUAGAAUGGUUUGGUUUUGCCAUCGCUACCUGGUCUCUACCAGCCUUCACCUUUGCCUUUUUCACUCUUUGCUGCAUUGGGCCCCGUGCUUACCACCAUCACAGGUACUAUCUCAAGACAUUUACAGACUACCCAAAAUCAAGGAAAGCUUUGAUUCCUUUUGUUUUUUAAUGACUUGGAUAUGGAUCCUGUAUCCUAUUUUUAUAGGGCUUUUUCCAAUUCCUAGUUUUAAAGUUAGGUCUGACUAUAAAUAAUGGUACAAAUGAUAACCUGGGGUUGUAACAGGCAAGAAGGUCGUACAGAACUGAAGUUCUUGUUUUUAAAUACAGGGGAAAUUGCAGGCAGUUUUGGGUAGAGGGACUUCCCAAGUACUUGCAUGUCUGUGGAGUUCUACCUAUGGAAAAUGAGUCUGACUAGUAUGACUCCACUGACAUUGUAGAAAAAACACUGGCUAAAAUACAGUGCAGAAAAGGAGAAAGUAAGCCCAUGACUUAAGAGAAAGUCUUGUGUCACUCCAAUCUAUAGCCCUUCUGCACCCCUGCUUCUUCCUGCCUCAUGCUGUAGCACGUAUGCCCUCAUGGCAAUCUCCUUUGUAAAGAAAGUAACUCUACCCUUUAUUUUUCAUCUAGAAGCAAAGCUAGCUCCCAGAGCCACCAUGCAACAAGAGGACACUUGUGGGCAUGAGGCUGGGAGCAGUGUGUUGUGGCACAGAGGUAGCAUGAAGUAUGUGGAUGCACAAGCAUCUUGAGCUGCCACAAUGUCUGCUUUACGUCCUUGAGUAAUACCCUUCUCACUGCUAGAUGAUUAAUAUUUACUCACCAGAAUUCUUUUUUUUUUUUAAAUGUAUGUCAUUAAAAUAAUUGCAGCAGCAUUAGAAGUUUUUCCCUUCUGGCAAAUUCAGAGGUCUUUUCAAAAUAACAAUUUGUUCACUCAAACACACUCCAUUUUUAUUCAUUAAAAAAAAAACAAAACAA